GUCCAGUAGAAGAAGAGGAGAUACCGAAGAAGAAGAAAACCACCUAGAAGAGCACGUAACAACAUCUCUCGUGUGAAGUAAUUAACGGGACUUUCUCGGAAAAUCAACAACACAUAUCAGCGUAGACAUGGAUGAAGUUGCUGUGCACAAGACGAUUCCUCCUGACUUGGUGAGAGUUCUUGGUGUUAAGUCUCAAAUUCGCUACAAAGCUGAGUCCUUCACCCAAGCAUUCCUGAAGAACAGCAUUGAGCUACAUCCACGUCAUGAUGUAAAAAAUAUGUUGUGUCACAAGGCAGUGCUCUUGCAUUACUCCCGACCAAAGAAAAGCAAGAAAGUUAUGAAUAAGAGAGCCAAAGGAUUAAAUGCUCGGCAAAAGAGGGCACUGAAGAUCUUCCAUAUAAAGCCUGAACACCAGAGAUAUGAGCUUUUCCUGCCUCUGCAUGACCUCUGGAGACAGUAUAUAAUUGACCUUUGUGGUGGAUUAAAUCCAACAAGUAAUCCACUGUCUGUGCAGCAGAAGCUUUUGAAGGCAGACUUCCACGGUGCCAUCAUGACAGUGGCUCGCUCCAAAUGUCCAUCAUAUGUGGGGACCACAGGAAUUGUCAUCCAGGAGUUCAAACACGUGUUCAAAAUCAUUACCAAACAGGAUCAAAUGAAAGUAAUACCCAAGAGGAACAGCGUAUUUGAAGUGGAGAUCAAUGGUUUUAUCUCUUCCAUCUAUGGAAACAGGUUUGCGCAUCGAGCCAGUGAACGCUCAGCCAAGAAGUUCAAAGGCAGUGGAAGUAUUGACUUGUGAUAGCAGACAAUGUGGGGUGCUUCAGGGAAUUGUCCUGCUGCACGUCUAAUUCCCAAUCAAAAUUUCACUGCUGUCACACUCUGUUUCUACCAGGGGUGUCAAACCAUUGAGGGCCGCAUCAGCGUUUUGGUUGCCCUGAGGGCGCCACUUGUCGCUAUGAAACAAUAUCAAUGUAUUUAGUAUUCAUUUUUGGCAUUUUUACUAACAAAUUGAUAGAUAGGUAGUUAUCAAAUCAUGCACCAAAGGGGGAAAACACAACAAAUACAUACUCAACUGUAGUUGGCGGUUUUGAAAAGGUUUUGGUGACAAAAACAUUUUUGCAUAGAAAGUUUAAACCUGUUGUAAAAAAAAUUGUGCCAAAAUGAGAAGAACUAAUUUACCAAGAAAAAUAAAUCAGUGAGUCCGUUGCACAUUUGGGAUCCACGGCACCUGUGGUUUAGAUCAUUGAUUGAUUACAAGUUUGAUUGAUUACAAGUUGCAGGCCAAAAGUCGUGAGUUAUUGAUACGCCCCUAAAAAUGUCUAUUUUUGACAUACGGCUCGCUCCUCCCCGUCCAAACCCUCCUGCUAUCUUGACGUUGACGUUCUCCUCCAAGUGACUGUUAUAUGGAAUUAUUUGAUUAGAUUCAGCUCCAGAACCCUCCACUUCUCUCUUCAAUUGCCAUUGUUCACUCGCACCACAAUCCAGGUUAAAUCCUUAAAUAUGCCUCACACAUUUCACGUAUAAAAUAUACAGCUCCUGACCACUAACACACCAGCUCCUUCCGUUUGGUGGAUUUAUUAAGCUGUGCAGCGUCUUGAGAGUCACAGCACACCACUAUGGUGCAUUCAAGGACAUUAUCGGCGAAGCAUAAAGACAUAAACACACAACUUGAGGAUUUUUUAACAGUGGUACAUGUAUGCUGUACGUUUUACGUAUCGUAUUACUUACGGUGAAUGAGAAAAAAUUUUCAGGGGCAAAAGCAGAAUGAAUUGUAAUAAAACAAACAGACGUGUUUGAAGUGCCGGACUCUGGAUGAAAGAACUAAUGGUAAAAAUGUCAAACAAGAUUACUGGCAUCAAAAGAAGGAUGCUUGACAGAGUCGAGGCGUUAACGGUACGGUUUGGUAGUGUAUACCUGCGUUUUAAGGUGACGGGUCAUUGUGGGUGCAGUAAGGGAACAAAAUGUAAAACAUGAAACUGCUUAGCUUGAAUUAUUUUUACAAGAACAUAAACUGCCAACUGCUAGCAGGUUAUAUGCCAAUAAAUACAAUUCUCUAA